AUGGCACCCCCAACUCAUUUCAAGCUUAACACCGGCGCCCAGAUCCCCGCUGUGGGACUUGGCACUUGGAGAUCUGAACCUGGUCAGGUACGCCAAGCGGUCUCGUUCGCCCUCAAGAACGGAUAUAGUCACAUUGAUGCAGCAUUGAUAUACGGAAACGAGCAUGAAGUCGGCCAGGGAAUCAAGGAUAGUGGUGUCCCUCGCGAAAACAUUUUCAUCACCAGCAAGUUGUGGAACACCCACCAGUCCAAUGUCGCGGAAGGUCUCCAAAAGACACUUGACGCUCUAGGCACGGACUACCUCGAUCUCUACCUCAUUCACUGGCCAGUCCGACUUGUUCCUAACGAGUCGAGCGCACUUCUCCCAGUCAAUCCCGAUGGCACACGAUCCGUCGACCGAUCCUGGGACCAGAGUGAGACCUGGGCCCAGAUGGAGGAGGUAUACAAGGCCGGCAAAGUGAAAGCGAUCGGCGUGGCCAACUGGUCGAUUCCCUAUCUAGAGGAGCUCAAAAAGAAGUGGACCGUGGUCCCUGCUGUCAACCAAGUCGAGUUACACCCUUUCCUUCCUCAGCACGCACUAAAGGAGUGGUGUGACGAGCAUGGCAUUCUCCUCGAGGCGUAUUCACCACUCGGUUCCGAAGGCGCUCCGCUCAUGUCCGAUCCCGCAAUUCAGGAGAUCGCUAAGAAGAAUGAUGUUUCACCCGCCACGGUACUCAUCAGCUACCACGUCAACAGAGGCGUUGUUGUACUGCCCAAGUCUAUUAAAGAAAAUCGAAUCGUGAGCAACAGUCAAGUCAUCCCUCUCUCGCGCGAGGAUAUGGAUGUACUGAAUGGCCUGGCUGCACAAGGAAAGGCAAAGCGUAUCAAUACGCCUCUGUUUGGAUGGGAUCUCGGUUUUGAUGACUGGUACAAGCAGUGA